AUGUUCAGUUUUGAGAUUGAACAUAAUCCAAAACAUAAGCAUAAGGUGCCAGAUGGAUUAUUUAGGCAUAGGAAAGGAGGGGAAGACUCUGACUAUAGUGAUGGAGAAUUGGAUGUGGAAGAUGGAGUUAAAUUGGUGAAGGAAGUAGAGGAGUUGUAUAGCAAUGAUUUCAGAAAUACAAGUGCAGCAGAGGUUUGGGAACAGGAAUUUGAUGCAGAUGAAGAAAUUAAAAUAAGGAGAACCUGCCUAAUGAGAAAAGACAGAGAGUGUAAAGCCUUGGAGGUGGUUUGGGCUGAUCCGUCAAGAAUUAGUAGGCUGAAUGCAAUAGGAGAUGCAUUUGAGGGCAAAGGAGUUGAGCCCCAGCCAGAGGAACAAAUGAAGAAGAAUAAUCAUCCUCAUCGAGUUAAGGAGUAUGAUUUGGAAGGGUAUUGGAAGGCAAUUAUCACCUACCUUCAAAAUGCGAAGUUACUGGAAAAGGAAUAA